UUGACGUGAACACAACAGAGCGCAACGACAGACUCUCCAUUCGCUACUCAAUUGAGUAGAUUUUGCAGUAUAUGUAGAUUUACCUGCGUUGUUUCUGUUCCUUCCAGAGCAAAUUACUACCGAAAACUGUAGUAUAUAUCAUGAUUCAGUAGUUCGUCUACCAGAUAUCGAAUGAAAGUGUUUUCUCCAAAUACGGUGUAGCUUGUCGUACAAUAUCUAGUUAUUUUCUAUAGCUGCAAUAAACAACCCAUUCUUAAAAAAAUGGCCGAUUUCUUGGAUUCUGAGGCUGAAGAAAGUGAGCAGGAGGAGGAGGAGUUGGAUCAACAUGAGCGCAAAAGGUUGAAAAAAAUGAAGGCGGUGAGCGAUAGUGAGGAGGAAGAAGAUGAUGACGAAGACCGACUUCGGGAAGAGCUCAAGGAUCUCAUCGAUGACAAUCCUAUUGAGGAAGAUGAUGACAGCGGCAGUGAUUCGGAUGCUCCUGGUGGCGGCAAUAAGAAGCGUAAGCAAAGUGACGACGAAGACGAAAUUGAUGACCGCUUGGAGGAUGAUGAUUACGACCUCAUUGAGGAGAAUCUGGGAGUGAAAGUUGAAAGGAAACGAUUCAAACGUCUGAAAAAAAUCACUGACGAAGGAAGCGAUGAUGACGAACCGGUGGAUGACGGUCUCAAUAGGGAAGUCAUUGCCGAGCAGCUGUUUGAGGGUUCUGGGGACGAAGUAAGUAUUACAGCUAGGGAAAGCUUACGAACAAUAUUUAAUGUUUAUCGAUUUCUACAGCAGGACGAUGAGCACCAGUCCGAACGUGAGAGUAAUCGCGAUCUUCAGUUCAACAACACGGAAAAUCCCGAUGACGACGAGGAAGAGGAAUCAGAUGCCGAUGAUUUCAUUGUUGGUGAUGAUGGUGUUCCGAUAAGCGAUAAACGGAAGAAAAAGAAACACAUCUUCACGGAUGCAUCAUUGCAGGAAGGUCAGGACAUCUUCGGUGUUGAUUUUGAUUACGAGGAAUUCGAAAAGUAUGAUGAUGAUGAAUACGAAGACGAAACGGAAGUUGACGAUGAGUACGAGGAGGAUGGCGGAGAGCAAUCUGAGGAACGUUCCAAACGUCCUAAGAAGCAGGCUCGCAAAAGAACAUCGAAAAAAACUAUAUUCGAUAUCUUCGAACCAAGUGAGCUCAAGCGGGGUCAUUUCACCGAUCUAGAUAAUGAAAUUCGAAAGACGGAUAUUCCCGAACGAAUGCAGUUACGCGAUGUUCCAAUCACACCGGUGGCAGAAGGAUCGAAUGAGCUGGAGGAAGAGGCCGAAUGGAUAUACCAGCAGGCGUUCUGUAAACCGCCGGUUUCAAAUCAGGAGAAUUACAGCCGCAAAUCCUCCUCGGCGGUUCCCAAAAUAAAGCAAGCUUUAGAUUUUAUGCGCAACCAACAUUUAGAGGUUCCGUUCAUUGCGUUCUACCGGAAAGAAUAUGUGCAGCCUGAUUUAAAUAUUAACGACCUGUGGAAGGUGUACAAAUACGACGCGAAAUGGUGCCAGCUCACAUCACGUAAGAACAAUCUCCUGAAGCUAUUCGAAAACAUGAGAAACUAUCAGUUAGAUAAAAUCAUGGAAAAACCUGAUGAUCCUAUUCCUGACACGAUGAGAGUCAUCAAGGAUGAAGAUAUUGACAGGCUGAGAUCGGCACAAUCUCCUGAGGAGUUGAAAGAUGUUCACAAUCACUUCCUGCUGUACUAUGCACACGAAAUUCCCGUAAUGCAGGAACAAAUCAAGCGCAAGGAACAUGAGAGAAUUAGACGGGAAAAGCUCGAGGCUCGGAGGAAGGCCCUUGAGAAUAGUGAAGAAGAUGUUGAAGGUAUCGACUUGGAAAAUCUUGAAAUCGAGGAAGAACCGUACCAAGAGGAAGCUGUAAAGCUGAAAAUUGACUCCGGCCCUUACGCAAUGUGCCGAAAAGGUGGCCUUUGUGGACUGGCGAAACGUUUUGGAUUGACACCGGAACAGUUCGCCGAGAAUGUACGUGACAGUUAUCAGCGACAUGAGGUCGAACAAGAGGCUACCGAUCCAUCGAGUGUGGCUACGGAAUAUGUGAACAAUCGUUUCACAACGGUUGAAGAUGUUCUGCAUGCCGGUAAAUUUAUGGUAGCAAGACAGAUAGCGAAAGAGCCGCUGCUCCGGAAGUAUGUUCGCGAACUGUACUACGAACGAGCGAAGCUGAGCGUGCGACCGACCAAGCAGGGCAUGAAGGAAAUCGACGAGAAUCAUGCUUGCUACUCGAUGAAGUACCUCAAGGACAAACCAGUCCGUGAGUUCACCGGGGAUCAGUUUCUUAAAUUGUGUAUUGCGCAGGAUGAUAAACUCCUGACGAUUACCAUUUCCGAGCGAAUCGAAGGUUCGCAGGCUUCCGUGGAGUUCAUCGAUGAAGUGAAGGCGAUGUACCAGAAGGAUGAGUUCUCUAAAAAUGUCCAGGAGUGGAACACACUGCGUGCGGAGUGCGUAGAGUUGGCGUUCACGAAGAUGGUUCUGCCCGAUUUGAGACGCGAGUUGCAAUCGAUUCUGUUGGAGGAAUCAAAGGACGCGGUGCUCAAAAUAUGCUGCCGGAAGUUGUACAACUGGAUCAAGGUUGCGCCCUAUAGUCCGGCGUUCGAGGUCGAUGACGAUGACUACGACUGGGAAACGUCCCGGGGGAUACGCGUAAUGGGCGUUGCGUAUGUGCCCGACUACACACAGUCGGCAUUCGCUGCAAUAAUAAAUCCGGAUGGCGAGGUGAUGGAUUAUCUACGUAUUCCCCAUCUGAUGAAGCGCAAAAACGCAUUCAGACAGGACGAAAAGGAACUUAAGGAAGGCGAUCUGCAAUCGAUGACGGAUUUCAUCCGAAAUAAGAAACCCCACGUGAUUGUGAUUGGCGGGGAAUCUAAGGAAGCGUUGAUGGUUCAGAAAGAUUUCCAAGAGUGUAUUAAGAAUCUGCGAGAAGAACAGCAAUUCCCGGAGAUUGCAGUAGAGAUUAUGGACAAUGAACUGGCUAAGAUUUAUUCCAAUUCCAACAAGGGCACCGGUGAUUUUCGUGAAUAUCCUCUGCUUCUGCGUCAGGCGAUAUCGCUGGCUCGAAGAAUGCAGGAUCCGCUCAUAGAAUUCUCUCAGCUGUGUACAGCGGACGAGGAAAUAUUGUGCCUGCGCUAUCAUAAUCUGCAGGAUCAGCUGACCAAGGAGGACUUGCUAGAAAAUUUGUAUCUCGAAUUCAUUAACCGAACAAACGAAGUUGGGUUAGAUAUCAAUCUAACGGUACAAAAUUCUAUCACUAUUAAUCUGGUUCAGUUCAUAUGUGGUCUCGGUCCCCGAAAGGGACAAGCGUUGGUCAAAGUUCUCAAGCAAACAAAUCAACGGUUAGAGAAUCGAACACAGCUUGUCACUGCCUGUCACAUGGGGCCAAAGGUGUUCAUCAAUUGCUCUGGAUUUAUAAAAAUCGAUACAAACUCGUUGGGUGACAGCACAGAGGCCUAUGUUGAAGUGCUGGACGGAUCUCGUGUUCAUCCUGAAACCUACGAGUGGGCACGCAAAAUGGCAGUAGACGCAUUAGAAUAUGACGAUGAAGACGCCAAUCCCGCCGGUGCUUUGGAGGAAAUCCUCGAAUCUCCGGAACGCUUGAAAGAUUUGGAUUUGGACGCUUUUGCCGUUGAAUUGGAACGCCAGGGCUUCGGUAAUAAGAGCAUCACCCUAUAUGAUAUUCGGGCUGAGCUCAAUUCUAGAUAUAAGGACCUUCGAACGCCAUAUCGUUCCCCCACAGCGGAAGAAUUAUUCGACUAUUUGACGAAAGAAACACCGGAGACGCUAUAUGUCGGUAGAAUAACACUCGCAACAGUGAUUGGAAUUAGUCAUCGUAAACCGCAAGGGGAACAGUUGGAUCAAGCAAAUCCUGUUCGAAACGAUGAAACUGGUCUUUGGCAAUGCCCAUUCUGUAUGCAAAGCGAGUUUCCUGAACUUUCGGAAGUGUGGAACCACUUCGACGCCGGCGAAUGUCCUGGGCAAGCGACAGGAGUUCGGCUGAGGUUUGACAAUGGAUUGUCGGGAUUCAUUCACAUUAAGAAUAUUUCCGACAAACACGUGAAAAACCCCGAGGAGCGCGUACAAAACGGCCAAACCAUUCAUGUGCGAAUAACGAAAAUUGACGUCGAACGAUUCGCUCUCGAUUGCUCGUCAAAAAGUUCCGAUUUGGCGGAUAAAAAUAACGAAUGGAGACCCAGAAAGGAUGCGUUCUACGAUCAGGAAGCAGAAGACAAGGAUAAUAAGAAAGAAUCCGAUUCGAAGAAACAACAACAGCGACAGCAAUACAUCAAAAGAGUCAUUGUGCAUCCAUCUUUCCACAAUAUUUCGUACGCCGAAGCGCUGAAAAUAAUGGAACAGCUCGAUCAAGGAGAAGUAAUAGUGAGACCAUCAAGCAAGGGUUCUGAUCACCUGACGGCCACCUGGAAAGUCACCAAAGAUAUUUACCAGCACAUCGAUGUACGCGAGGAGGGAAAAGAAAACGUCUUCAGUUUAGGCCAAUCACUUUGGAUAGGCAACGAAGAAUUUGAGGAUUUGGACGAAAUCAUUGCUCGGUAUAUUAACCCGAUGGCUUCGUACGUCAGGGACUUGCUGAAUUAUAAAUACUACAAAGAUACAAACGGUGGUAUGCGUGAUAAGGCCGAAGAAAUUCUGAAGGAGGAAAAAAAGAAAAAUCCCAACAAAAUACACUAUGUGAUUUCCGUGGCAAAGAACUAUCCCGGAAAGUUCCUGCUGUCGUACUUACCUCGAACAAAGUUUAAACACGAAUACGUGACGGUCACACCGGAGGGGUUCCGAUUCAGGCAGGAAAAUUUCGACUCGGUCAACUCAUUGCUUAAAUGGUUCAAAGAGCAUUUCCGAGAUCCGAUACCAUCAGCAACUCCUUCAAGUACACCGAGAGGAAGCGCUUCCGUAUCACGCACGCCGUACUCAGGAUCUCCCAUGUUCAGUAAGUCCCAUUUUUCCAUCACAUUUCUAAGAAUUGAACUUAAAUUCUGUUUUUUUUUCAUAGAUGAUUCUAAGUCGUCAACAGGGGUGCCUUAUUCUGUGAAUUCGGGUUCACAAUCAGGCGGCCGCACGCCCCGUUAUGGGUAUACUCCAGGGGAUUUUGGAAGCUCCAGCAACUAUGUCACGACUCCUUACACACCAAGUGGCCAAACGCCCUACAUGACACCAUACCAGCAGACACCUCAUUCUUCCCAAACACCGAGGUACGGAUCUUCGACUCCAUCCCAGCACUCCGGUAGUCCUUUUGUGCAUCCGGGAUCAACCCAAAUGCCACCCCCACGGAGCAGAAUGGGUGGCUACAACGAUCGCGAUGGUGGUGCGAGGAGUACACCAAAAUACAAUAACCAGCGUCCACCUGGUGAUUUUCGCCCUAGAAACAAAUUCCCGAAUGAUUCCUUCCGCUCGAAUACCAACUCACAGCCGUCGCCACAUAGAACAAAUCAGUUCAGUGCGAGUCCACGACCGGCAGCGAACAACGUACAAAAAUCUGGCAGCACACCGGGUCUAUUGUCGCUAGGAGAUUCCACACCAUUGUGGGACGAGUAGAUGAUUUUAACCAUUUUGAUGGGAUGCAAACUGUAAUUGUGAAUUUGCACUUGUAUGCAAAUAACCGUAUUGACUAUAAAUAUAAGCAAAUGGUUCAAUA